AUGUCCGCAUUCUUCUUCUCCACACCCGUCGACAUAGAUAUCGUCCUCGAAGAUACCGAUGACCGGCAGACGGUCGAUGUCAAGCUCGACAAGAAUAGACGCGAGAAAGCACCUCUGUAUCUAGAUGGAGAGUCGGUCAAAGGCGCAGUCACAAUCAGACCGAAAGAUGGGAAAAGGCUGGAGCACACCGGCAUCAAGGUCCAAUUCAUCGGCCUGAUUGAAAUGUUCUUUGAUCGUGGAAAUCACUACGAGUUCCUGUCGUUAGGCCAAGAACUCGCGGCUCCUGGCGAACUACAACACCCACAGACCUUUCCCUUCAACUUCAAGAACGUCGAGAAGCAGUACGAAUCAUACAAUGGCAUCAACGUCAAAUUACGCUACUUCGUCAGAGUCACUGUGUCGAGGAGGAUGGCCGACGUCAUUCGGGAAAAGGAUAUUUGGGUCUAUUCGUAUCGCAUCCCACCAGAGACAAACAGUUCGAUCAAGAUGGACGUCGGUAUAGAAGAUUGCUUACACAUUGAAUUCGAAUACUCGAAAAGCAAAUACCACCUGAAGGAUGUCAUUGUCGGCAGGAUAUACUUCCUACUGGUCCGGCUGAAGAUCAAACACAUGGAGCUCUCAAUUAUUCGGCGGGAGACGACAGGUGUUGCGCCCAACCAAUAUAAUGAAAGCGAGACAUUGGUCAGAUUUGAGAUCAUGGAUGGCUCGCCGUCAAGAGGCGAGACCAUUCCUAUCAGACUCUUCCUUGGAGGCUUCGACCUAACCCCGACCUUCCGAGAGGUCAACAAGAAAUACUCCACCAGAUAUUAUCUCAGUUUGGUCCUUAUUGACGAAGCCCCGCUCGGCUUUGUGUCCAAACCUGCCGACUACUCCAAGACUUCGCUGCUCAAGCUCACACCAGACGCGUGA